AUGCUGGGUCAGCUUACUGCGAUCAGCGAUAGACUUGGUCGGCUAGAAGACGCACACGCAGCGCUGCUUGCGCGCACGCCAUCCUUGGAACCGGCAAACCCAGUGCAAGUCGAAGCCCUAGCUGGCGCGUCAGUCGAAGCGCCGCUGUUCGCCGCUGCGCCAGCCCAAGCAACUGCGACAACGCUGGCGGGCUGCCUCUUGACUUGGUAUGUCGAACAUAUCUGGCAAACAGUCAAAGGAAAACGAGAGCAGAAUAAGCGAGCUGAGGCAAAGGCAGCAGUAAACAUCAUGAUGGUUCUCUACCAGGCAUCCUUUGAAGUACCUGCUGAGCCGUCACGAAACGACUCCACCGCGUACCAAGCCUGGAAGCACCUAGUGUGGGAGCUCGCUCUCAAGAUGGACAACACAGCGAAUCAGCGAUUGCAUACCUUUGACCAGAAGAAGCCAACGCGCAAAGCAUCGUCGCUACGAAAGCGCUGGCGGCAGCUGCGAACGUCACAUCCCGACGCGUACCGCACGCUCGGCGCUCAGUUCCUUGCCUUGAAAAACAGUGGUGCAGUGACCGAUGCUUGUACGCCAGCGUCACACCAGUGGGGGGAAUCAGACUUGGCUUAG